AUGAGCAAAUCACUCACACAAAUCGAUGAUCGACAAAACUUUUACGGGAAUUACGUGUCAUACGACGGUUACAAAGUUUUCGAACUUUUCCCGGAAUCCGUGGAUGAUGUCAACUUUAUCUACAGUUUUCGACGCAAUCCCAAAUAUUACGGGAUCGAAUUUUGGAAAAUUGACAAAUUUGUGGGAAGUACAGCGCAAGUCAUGGUUCCGCCAAGUCAAGAAUCGGAAUUUAAAAAAGAUUUGAUUCGAAAUAAAAUUAAAUUUCGUGAUUUUAUUGAUAAUUUGGGAGAUGUUUUCCUGUAUGAGAAGGAAGAAUUGCGACAUUAUGCUUUGAAUGACGUCACUUCGAUCGGAUUCAAGAGAUAUUAUCGUUACAAGGAGAUAAUGCAAUAUUUGAACCAUUUGGGAAAAACUCACCCGGAAAAAGUUGUCGUUGAAACAGUUGGAAAGUCGCAUGAAGGACGAGAUAUUAAAAGUGUCACGAUUUUGCCGAAGAAAAAUACGUCGGAAGUGCUUACAGUGAUGAUUGACGCCGCAAUUCAUGCUCGGGAGUGGAUCACGCCGGCAACUGCUUUGUAUGGGAUUCAGCAACUUGUAGAAGGAACGAAUAAAGGAAGGUACGAUCACAUGUUAGAUGGUGUCAAAUGGGUUUUCAUGCCGCUUGUCAAUCCCGACGGUUACGAAUAUUCGCACGAAAAAGAUCGAAUGUGGCGCAAAACUCGCAGAAAAGUCGGAACAUGUGCCGGCGUCGAUGGAAAUCGCAAUUACGACUACAUGUGGGGUUCAACAGGCGCUUCAAAAAAUUCCUGCGCUCAAACUUUCCGCGGCGACGAACCAUUUUCCGAGCCUGAAACGCGCGCCGUGAAGAAUGUAAUGGAAAGCGUUGCCGACACUUGCAAACUUUACCUUUCUCUGCAUUCGUACGGAAAAUAUUUCCUUUAUCCUUACGGACACACGAGUAAAUUACCCGAAAAUUGGAAGGAUCAAGAUGAUGUCGCACGCGCCGGAGCUGAUGCCAUCCGAAAAUACUCAGGAGCGAAAUACAAAAUCGGCAGUUCGCGAAAUGUGCUGUACGCUGCUUCGGGAUUGAGUCAAGAUUACGCCUACGAAGUGAUGAAAAUUCCCGUUGCCAUUACGAUGGAGUUGCCGGGCGGAGGAAGACAAGGAUUUGAUCCGCCGCCAAGCAGUAUCGAUCAUACGGUGAAAGAAACAUGGGAAGGAAUUAAAUCCAUGGCAAUUCGCGUUGUCGAAAAAUAUUCCAAAAAUUUAAAUGUCUUCGCAAACGAUCAAAAUUACGACGACAGCGAAGAAAAUGACGAUAUUGAGACGAAUUACGAUGAAAAUGAAGAAGAUGAGAAAUCAGUAAAUGUCGAUGGCGACGAUGACGAAGACGAUUACGACUGGAGUUAA